UCCUCGUCCUCGUCCUCGUCCUCCGCCCGGCGGCGGCUGCGCAUCAUCUCGGGGCACCUGCGGGGCGCGCCGGCCCCGAGCCCCUGCAAGGCGCAGGGCGGCCCCGCCCGGCCCGCCUCGGGCUCCAUCCCGAAGAAGCGGCAAGAACUUCUGAAGUGGAAUGGAUGGGGAUAUAAUGACUCCAAAUUCAUCUUCAAUAAGAAGGGUCAAGCCGAAUUCACAGGAAAAAGGUACAGAUUAGGUGGUAUGGUUUUACCAACUUUUAAAGAAUGGAUAGAAAAAACCUUUGGCAGUCUGGAGCACAAAACUACCUCUAGAACAUCCUUAAAUGUUAAUGAUGUACCUCCAUCUGUUGUAAAUGAAGAAUUUCUUCAGGAUCUUAGAGCCACUAAAAUCUCAUAUUCACAGGAUGCAGAAGAUAGGAUAUUCAGAGCUCAUGGUCACUGCCUGCAUGAGAUAUUUGUACUCAGGGAAGGAAUGUUUAAGCGAAUUCCUGAUAUAGUUGUAUGGCCUGUUUGCCAUGAAGAUGUAGUUAAAAUUGUGGAAUUAGCCUGCAAACACAAUCUCUGCAUAAUACCAUUUGGUGGAGGGACAAGUGUCUCUAGUGCCCUUGAAUGUCCUGAAGAAGAAAAAAGAACAAUUAUCUCGCUGGAUACGUCACAAAUGAAUCGGAUUCUCUGGAUAGAUGAGAAAAACUUAACAGCUUGUGUGGAAGCUGGCAUUGUUGGACAAGAUCUGGAAAAACAGCUUGCUGAAAGUGGCUUCUGUACAGGCCAUGAACCAGAUUCCAUGGAGUUCAGCUCACUAGGAGGAUGGGUAGCAACGCGAGCAUCAGGCAUGAAAAAAAACAUCUAUGGAAACAUCGAAGAUCUGGUGAUUCAUAUAAAAAUGGUAACUCCUAGAGGAAUAGUAGAAAAAAACUGUCAAGUACCUCGCAUGUCAACGGGACCUGAUAUCCAUCAUUUCAUCAUGGGAUCUGAAGGAACUCUUGGAGUAGUUACUGAAGUUACAAUAAAGAUUCGCCCAGUCCCUGAAUACCAGAAGUAUGGCUCUGUGGUCUUCCCCAACUUUGAACGAGGAGUGGCCUGCUUAAGGGAAGUGGCAAAGCAGAGAUGUGCUCCUGCAUCAAUUCGCCUUGUUGACAAUGCACAGUUUCAGUUCGGUCAUGCUCUUAAACCACAAGUUGCUUCCAUUUUUACAUCGUUUUUGGAUGGACUGAAAAAAUUCUACAUCACAAAGUUUAAAGGAUUUGAUCCCAAUGUACUGUGUGUAGCUACCUUGCUCUUUGAGGGUGACAGAGAGAAGGUUCUUCAGCAUGAAAAGCAAGUCUAUGAUAUUGCCACCAAGUUUGGUGGUUUGGCAGCAGGAGAAGAUAAUGGACAGAGAGGAUAUAUGCUGACAUUUGUCAUUGCUUACCUUCGGGACCUGGGCCUGGAUUACUAUGUAGUAGGAGAAUCAUUUGAGACAUCUGUUCCAUGGGAUAGGGUUUUGGACCUUUGUAGAAAUGUAAAAGAAAGGAUAGUAAGAGAAUGCAAAGAAAAGGGUGUUCAGUUUCCUCCUCUUUCCACCUGCAGGGUGACACAAACUUAUGAUGCAGGUGCAUGUGUCUACUUCUACUUUGCCUUUAACUACAGAGGAAUUAGUGAUCCUAUUCAUGUCUAUGAACAAAUUGAGAGGGCUGCUAGAGAAGAAAUACUUGCCAAUGGAGGAAGUCUGUCACAUCACCAUGGAGUAGGCAAACUGCGGAAGCACUGGAUGAAGGAGAGCAUCUCUGAUGUUGGCCUGGGAAUGCUGAGAUCUGUUAAAGAAUAUGUGGACCCUAAGAACAUCUUUGGAAAUAAAAACCUUUUAUAAAACCCUUGCACCACAUGAUGUACUAAAACUUCUUCAAAAUUACUGUUGAAAUUCCUCUGCUUUCAUUGUAUUGAUAUCCCAGUAAUCAAAUAUAACAUAGACUAAACUUUAAAAACUAGUAACGCACAUUGAUUUUUGCCACCCCCUUCAACCCCUCCAAUAAAGUGUAAACAUCACUGUUAAUGCUUAUGGAUUUUUACUUACAAUGCUGUUAAACUCUCAGACAACCCACUGGACACAAAGUGUUUCACCAAGCAGGAAACACAAGUUUGGUUUUCCAAGUCUGGAUAGGCAACACAGCUGACAGUAUUUUCAGUGCUGGAUGCUGCCAGAUGUUUCUUACUAAAGCAUCCCCUGCAAGGAGAACAAAGACUGACAACAGUGUUUUCUGUAGAAGCAGCUGCUCAACCCAGCCUCCUGCUAAUGGAAAGCUGCUAGGAGACAGAUGAGAGAACACCAAGGAGUACUUCACUGUGCAGAAGGAUUAAGUAUGUAACAGACUUCUAACCAGCAAAUACUUAACGUACAAAUAUAGGCUUUGAUCAAAAGAGACAAUGUAAGUCAAACUACUUCUAAAAACUCAGUCUCCAACUAUAGUACUAUUGGAAAAUCUUACACAAUUGAGCUGUUCUGAGUUGUAUUUGCAUUGCUGGGAUAAUCUUAGUGACUGACCUACAAUUUAAGUUUUGUACAAGGGACAUUUCUCGCUGUAUGUUGAAAACAGGUUUGUAACAGAACUUUGUCUUCAUCUGUACUUCAGUCCUAGUGCGUAUGGGUUUUGUUCCCGAUUUGUUUCUUUUGCAGUGAUGCAAAAUACCUUUUUCAGUUAAAAAAAAAAAAAAUUUGGCUAUUCAAAUGAAACUGCUCAGCACUGUCUUUUGAAACAGUCUCAACACUUUAAUAACACGCUUAAGUGGACAACAAUACUGUCAUCCUGCAUCCUGAAAGUGAGAUUUCCCAUUUUAGUUUUGUACAGUUUCCUAUGGCCUUUAUGAGUAACUUAUUAGCUUCACUAGUAGCCAAGAUUUUGAUUGUCCAUUUAACUUUAAGAAAAUGAAAUAUUUUCUUGAUCAGUAUCGUAUAAGAAUAAGCAUUUUUACAUUGAAACUUGAAUCUUAAUAAAACAAACUACAAGUAUUUGUCAAUAGUCAUGAUCCAUUUUUAAGGUGGGUUCUUUUCUUAAAACAAGUUAUCCAACUUUUUGAUAAUUAAUGUAUAUGAUUGCAUAGGGUAGAAAAAAAUACAGACGAUCUUUUGAGGACACUAUCUCUCUAGCCAACCACUUCACAGCUCUGUAGUGUCAGUUUGGACAUCUUUUGUAUUGGUAGUGCCCUUAACAAGGAGCAAAAGAGAAAAUUGCAUUUCUGUUUUUAAACUAUUUUAGAAUAUGAUCUAAUUAGCUCUGUUUUGGUAAUGUACCAAAGCCAGUGUAAAAGGCUUGAAAAAUACUGCGUAUUGGACAACUUUGAACUUGUUUAAGGAUUAAUUUCAAUUCUGUGAUUUAUCAAGAAAACCAAAACCAUGAACCCUUGAAAUAUCACUUUAAAAUGCAUGCUCUCAAGGUUCUUAAGGAGGACCUUUUAUGAUCUUCAGGUUGCAAAACAGUGUUAAUUUUCAACGCAGCUAGAUUUAUUUCAAAUGGUCUUUGUUUCACAACGUUUCAACGUAAAAAUCAGUUCUUCUGUAUCUUUGGUUUUGGCCCCCAGAGUUCAUAUUUCAGUAGCAACCAGAGCAAUAGGUGUAGUCUGGUUUAGGAAAAUUACUUUUCCCACUGUGCUUAAGUGUUCCUUAAGUACACAGUGGUGUCUCAGCAAAGUGAAUCUGUACCUGUUUAAACAGGGGACUUCCUCUCUCAUGCUGUGUUAUGAUGACUACACGGCCACAGCUGACAUCUUGCUGAUGACUUAUAUCACUCUGAAACAGAGACCUUUCUAGGUGUUGGUAAAUAUGUGGGUGAACAUGGAGGGUGUUUCUGUGCCUCAAUGAAAGUAUACAUCAAGCUAUAAAGCAUCAAUGUUGAAGGAAAGUACGUGAAGCCUUUUUUUGCAGAAUGACAGCAGAAACAGAACUAGGAACAAGUAGUCCUAGCUCAGUAAUACUGGUCUCUUAAUGAAGAUUUUGACUUAAGGUACUAUACAGCUCUGCAACAUCCUUCCCCAUUUAAUUUUCUGACUGCCUUUUCCUAUCUUUUUUUUUUUUUGGCAUUGAAAUUACACAGGCAAAAACUCCUUACACUCUAUUUCUAGCCUUUAAAUAGCCACUGGCUUCUGAUAUGAUUUAAAAUGCCAUAAAGAUUUUUACUGCAUGUCAAUUGUCCUGUGGGAAGGUGAAAUAACAGGGUAUAAGGGCCUCAAAGCAAUGUCACUGGAUAGUUCUGAAGAAAAGAUUAAUUACAAAUGUAGAGGAGUUGGGUUUUUUUUCUCUAAGGGCCACCCUAUGGUUGUCUUCCUGAAUAUUUUCUUAUCUUAUGAACUGGUCAGAGCUUAGUGAAAAAUGCAGCCAAAAAGCAAGUAUUGUCUUUAAUUUCACAUUUAAAUUCCUAAUGAAAAUACAAAAACGUGUAAUGCAAGUUCAGGAGACCUAAAUACACACAAUUCAUUACCCAUUUAAAAGAAAUCUUCCCUUCUCUAGCACUAAGUCUUCCACCACUCCUCCUUCUAUGUUCUCUACUUUCUUUCUAAAGACUUCACUUACCGUAGCUGCAGUCUGUUUGGAGAUGGAGUUUAAUCCAUGUGCAACAGAAGCAUAUCUUGGCAUAACGCAUUAGUCUUUCAUUUGCUUGACUAUUUUGGCCAUAUGUAAGUUACAAGCUUGUAAUGACUUCCAAUUGCACAGCUUCUGCUCUCUUUGAAGGAGGAAAGGUGCAGAUUGAGUAGGGUUUCACUGCAAAAUGUAUUUGCAUUAGAGAUUCACAGAAGUUUUGAGGGGAAAGAAGAAAAUCUGUUAGAAAUUGAU